UCUUGCGAACAAGUUUGUGGCUACAAACGGCGGCUUUUUACAAGGAGCACUACGCUGCGGUCGGCCUGGAACCUCCCAAGAAAAGCGUUUGUCCAGGCAUGAUUGAGAGACUGAUCUGCGUGGCACUUCUAUUUGUGUGCAGAACGUACGCCUACAGGCCCAUGAACAUCCCAUUACCACCAGAUUGCAUGCGAGUGCUGAAUGCAAGUUCGGUCUGCGCAAUGAAGUCGCAUGACCCCAUGUCCAAAGAGAUUUUCGAACAGACCGCAAGCCAAUCAUUCGGCGAUAACGUUUCGGAUUGCGUCGAGCAAAGCACCCCUGUCAUAGAGUUAGAUCGUGGCUGCACCAGCGGGGUUGCGAUCACGAUCGCGGCGCAUUGCGUUAGGGCGGCAAUGUUCGGCAUGGCGCCUCGAAAUUACAAGCACAGAGUACUGCUGCUUCUGGAUGAACUUGUGGAGUGCAUGGCGACCGAACUGCAACAGCCACUACCGCUACUGCGAAGUGCUGUUGAAAGCACUAAGUGAGCUGAAGGCGAAGAGAUCCCUCCCAAACCCGUACGCCGAGUCAACGAAUGCACUCACAACUCGGGAUUGGAUACAUAUUGCAGACUGCGACUCGACGUGUCCACCGCCGACCUUACAGGCGACUGCCUAAUAAAUCCUCGACUCGUUAUCAUGGGUCGUGUG